AUGGAUAGAAUAAUAAAAGGUAUAAUGAGAUACAGACAGUGUCACAGAGAAGGAAUGGUUAAACAAUUUAAACAAGUUAAAGAUCAUCCCGAACCAAAAGCAGUAUUUUUUACUUGCAUGGAUUCACGGAUGAUUCCAACUAGAUUCACUGAAACAAAUGUUGGAGAUAUGUUUGUUGUACGAAAUGCUGGUAAUGUUGUUCCACACUCGCAACAUUUUGUUGAUGAAUUAACAAUGUGUGAGCCGGCAGCUUUGGAGCUUGGAUGUGUUGUCAAUGAUAUACGUCAUAUUAUUGUUUGUGGUCACAGUGAUUGUAAAGCCAUUAAUUUAUUGUACUCUCUUCAGGAUGAGGAAUUUGCUUCAAAAGAUAAUAGAAGAAUAUCACCAUUGAGAGCAUGGUUGUGUGCUCACGCAAAUAGUAGCCUAGAAAAAUUUAAACAAUUGAAAACAACUGGAUUUCAUCAACCUAUGAUUUUUCAAGCUGAAACUCCAAUGAGAAAAUUUGUCGCUUAUAUUGAUCCAGAGGAUAAAUUUGCUGUUGAAGAUAAACUUUCACAGAUAAAUACACUUCAGCAAUUACAAAAUAUUGCGUCAUAUGGAUUUUUGAAAAAACGUUUGGAACGGCAUGAUCUUCAUAUCCAUGCACUUUGGUUUGAUAUUUAUACUGGAGAUAUAUACUAUUUUAGUCGGGGUGCCAGAACGGUGGUAGCAAGUGAACUAGAGCAUGCCACUCCCGAAAGAGAAAGCAAAACAACAAAACUACUUAUACUAAUAAUAUAUAAGCAUAGCUAA